CACCGUCAAACUUAACUGACGGCGAGUCUUCUUCCUCCUCCUCCUCCUCCCUCCUCCUUCACGACUCUGCUUCCGAGCUCCUUCAGUUCCACCGAUUUCCUCCUCCCGCGGCCUUCUCCAACUCCUUUUCUCGGCAAUCUUCGCCAUCCGCCUCUUCUCCCCUACUCACGAGGAGUCUCUUUCUCAUCCUCUUUUCUUUCCUUCAAUUUCUCCACCACAAAACCCUAGAAUAACUGAAGAGCAAAUUCAUGGGAUAAAUCCUUUCUUUGAUUGAGGGAGAGGAAGCAGGUUCCGAUCGCAAUCAUUUCUUGUUCGGGUUGGUGGGUUUGUGUUUCAAAAUACCCUCCACCAUCAUUCACUUCCUCGACUCGGAAGAUUUCGACCUCUGCAAGCUUCCUAUGUUCCCUUCAAGAAUGUCAGGGGGCCUCUCACAAACCAUCCCUUGCCCGAAAAUCAUCCUCAACCAUCGGAGGGAUGGGGCUCUGUACGAGGUUUCUGCAAGUGGGUUCUGAUGAGGUUCACUCCGAUCGAAUAGUUUCGGUGAAGUCAGCCGGAGCUGAAAUCGACGGUACUGCUUCUGCAAUAUCUCAGAAGGUGUUUUGGCUACUGCACUUGCUCGUGACACUUGGCAUAAUCCUGGCAAAGGACAAGUUUCUCAAAAAGGCAUUCGUCGCAGCCGCCAUCAAGUUCCCGAGCGCUCUGUUCGGGAUGUUCUGCAUAUUCUCUGUUCUUGUCAUUCUGAACUCGGUCGUCCCGACAGCGGCUGGCUUGAUGGGAUUCUUUGAGGCAGCCCUUAUCUUCAUCCAAAGGUGGCUCCCGCUGUUCUAUGUUCCAUCCCUGACUGUCUUGCCACUUGCAGUGAAAGACAUCUCGGCCGCAUCCGGACUCAAGAUUUGCUUGAUUGUUGGUAGCCGACUUGAAUUCAAACUUUUCCAAAACUCUGAAGUUAUUUUAGUGGUAGAUGAAUUUGAAACACAACGCUUUGGAUGAAUGCAAUAGUGCAUUGAUUGUCGUGGUGAA